AUGCCAGUUUCUCAGUCUCCGUGUUUACAAUUUUUCGCUGCUAGCGGACUCUGUUUAGUUGAUAUUGUAGAGAACGUCGUAUGUUAUACGUCAACAACGGCUCUCGAUAAAAUUUGCACUGGUUUUAUUUGUGACUUGCCAUCAUUUCAUUCUAUUUACAAAUCUAGUUCUUCCGUAAUUUUUCUCAAAGUUCAAGUGAUCUGUUCCGAUGUAGUUAUUGUUCUCGCAAAUGCUGAAGCUUUGGAAAUUCUCCAGUUCUCACACACGUCAUUAAAGUAUCCAAAAAGGAUAGAGUUCAUUGAAUAUGUAUCACGAAGCCCUCCUGUUCUACGAAUCGAUCCAUCUUUCUCUUGCGUUGUUAUUGGUGAUGAAAAGCACUUGAAAGCAUGGCAUCUCAAGGAAACUCAAAACAUUGUAGUGUCAAUGGGAUUGCAAUCAGCCAAUAUUAAAGACAUCGAUUUUCAUAACUCUAUUCCACAAUAUGCUUUCGUACUUAUUGAUGACCUUUCGUGCAGAAUUUGGGAUGUACACGCUUGCAAACUAAUACAUGCUAUAAGUCCCCAAAAAAUCACUGCAUUCAGUUCGAGUUUGAUCAAUAAUUGUAUUCCGCUAGGCACAAAAGAUGGCCAGAUCUUAUCUUUCUGCCCUCAUUCUUUCCAAUGCAUUCAGUUGUGCGCACUUCCUGAGCCUGUAGUCAAUAAUGGGGUUGGACUCCGACAGACUAGUUCGGUUAUCCACCCAACAAGUGAAAGGCCGUCAUGGUCAAAAAUUGCCGCCUUUAAUCCAUCUAUUUCUAUAGAGUUUUCAAAUGAAAUAGUUGCCUUCACAACAGUGGAUUUGAUAUCUCUUCACUCUGACAAUGAUGUACCUAGGACUUCUGGACUGAGAUUCACUUUAUCAAUCAUCCUGUCACGCGCUAGAUUAUACAUACUGGAUAUGUCUAAUCAUAAUGUUAUGGCUAGCUGGAGUUGGAUGGAUCUUAAGCUUUCUAACUGGAACUACAUAUACAAUGCAGAAAUUACUAGUACUUCAAGUGCUGUAAACUUUUGGAUUCGUGGUAAGAAUGACUCUGUUGGAUUUUUUACCAUUCCGUUGGAAAAUGUUUCUGCAACAAAUGUAUAUGAAAAUAUUUCAAACAGUUCUCCAUAUCUAUCAUUUAUUGCCAAAUAUGAUCUGUUAACGAAUUCCGUGUUGAAUACUUGCAACGAACAUCAGCUCUUUCAAAAUAAUGUCAGUAACAGAAAUAAAAGUCAAUUUUCAACAUUAAAUAAAACAUUAGACAAACCAGUCACAUUUGGACAUAAAAUCAAAUCUUCUGGUUAUGCAAAACAAGAACCAAUGCGUAAAAUGUUUCAUCCUUUGAUUUAUGAACGUUCAAAACAAAGAAAUACUUUAAACUUAGGGAAUGAAGGGAAGCUUAAAAAACUAACCAAAUCUUAUCCGAAUACUGAUGAACUUCCAAAUGUUCUCCAAAUAAGUGGAUAUGUCGACUCUUGUACUACACCAAUCUAUAAAGUUGCCUAUUCGCCUAAUGGCAGUAGCUUGGCAUCAUGUUUGGGUAAUGGGAUUUGUCUGAUUACUCGACGUGAUCAAAACACAUUGGAAGAAAAACGAAAGAAGUUAUUUCCUUCAGCUGAAGCACUACGUGGCCAUUUAGGUCCUAUUCUCUGGGCUUCUUGGUCGACGGAUAGUUGUUUGUUGCUAACUUGUUCAUCGGACCGAACUGCGCGUAUUUGGAGAAUAGGUGUAAAAGGAUUGAAUAAAAAACGAGCCACAAAUGAUUACGGAGAAAAAGUUAGCCUGAAGAAGAAGAAUACUUAUGGUUAUGUACCAUUUGAAGAUAAUAUAUCCAUUGGAAACUUUUAUUACAUGGAUUCAUUUGUAUAUUUGAUUAGUAAAAAUAUAAUACGUUUAUACACAUAUACAUUGUCAAAUAAUGAGAAUAUUCUAAAAAAAAGUUGUGCCAAUAACAGUUAUAAAUUAGUUGGUGAAUUUCGAAUAUCUACUUGUAAUCAGUUAACUUCUGUGGCAUCUGUAAACAUUUUCUAUUCAUACUUGUUGGUGUGUGCCGGAUCAGAUCGACGUUUAUCCAUUUUAGACUUAAACUGUGGACAGGUUAUUCAGGAAAUUCAAUCUGCACAUAAUAAGUGUAUAACAGGAAUUGCAUUAAAUCAGGGAUCGCUGUAUUCAAGCUUCAAUGAUUCAAUACAAAAUACUACAACACUUGGUACGGGAUAUACAGUAUAUGCAACAGUGGCACCAAAAGAUUGUGUACAAAUAUGGGACCUUAGGGAAAGUCGACAUCCUGUAAUGAAAUUGGCCAAACUUUCAUCUGAAAUCUACUCAAGUGGAUCAAGUAGAAAUACUCUUAUUCCACCUGUAACAGCAGUGUUUAGUCCAUGUGGAACAAAAUUGUUAGUAGGAGGUACAAUGGAUGUGAAUCAAUCAUCACCUGUUAUAUAUGAUGUACGAAAAGCUUGUUCACAUCCUCUGACUAUAUUAAACCACGAAAUGCGAAUUAAUAAUAGCCCAGCUACUGUAGUGGAUUGGCAUCCGUCCAAGCCUGAAGUAUGUACUGGAUCUCAUGAUGGUAUACUCUCAAUCUACGGAAUUCACAGAACGAAAGUCAAAGAUACUACAUAA